AUGUCUGCUGCCUUUGCUCUGCGUGCCGUGCGCGCACCGCCUACAUGGGGCCGUACACCGGCCCGCCUGCUGUCGACUUCGCGACGUGUGCUGCAGUCGGACGAACCGCCCAAGCCGCCUCGUCCCAUCGAGGACUCGACCAGCGCUCUGGACUACAAGAGUACCCACCGUGUGCGCCCACCGCCGCUGCCGAAGAUGGACUUACCGCGCUCGCGUUCUGCGGAGGAGGCCGUCACGAACAUUCUUUACAAUACGCCUCCACCAAGUCUGCAGCCGUUCAAAAAGCACGUGCUGAACUGUCUCGUACAAAACGAGCCUGGAGUGCUCUCACGCGUAUCCGGUAUUCUGGCCGGCCGUGGCUUCAACAUCGACUCGCUCGUCGUGUGUCGCACCGAGAUUCGCGACCUUUCGCGCAUGUGCAUUGUGCUCUCCGGUCAAGAUGGCGUCGUUGAGCAGGCAAGAAGACAGCUCGAGGACCUUGUUCCCGUAUGGGCAGUGCUGGACUACACGGAGACGCGCACCAUCGAGCGCGAGCUACUGCUCGCGAAGGUUUCCAUCCUUGGUCCGGAGUAUCUCGAGGAUCAGCUAUCCGGCGGACCCUCCCACGAUCCUGUUCGCGCAAAUGCUGAACACGCUGAGCAUCAAAGCAAGCUCGAGCGCGAAAUGGCCCUUGCUCGUCACUUUGAGCAGUCGGCGACGGAGGCCAGCUCCGAAACCACCGACGCCGCGCCACAAGCCGAAGUCCCUACACCCAACUCGCCGCCACCUCUCACCCCUUCGGAGGCUCUGCGUCUCAGGCAUCAGCACCUGCAAAGCAUUGAUGCCCUGUCCCGCCAGUUCAAUGCUCGUCUUGUGGACGUCUCAGAGAACUCGGUCAUCGUGGAGAUGUCCGGCAAGACGAGCCGUGUCGAAGCGUUCCUCGCGUUGCUCAAGCCUUUCGGCUUGAUCGAGUCCGCGCGGACAGGUCUUAUGGCCAUGCCUCGUACCCCUAUCCCCCGCGCCGGCGAGGACGAUGUGGUGGAGGAUGCCUCUGGACCAAUUGACGCCAGCUUGCUUCCUCCUGGCUAA